UAAAAUAAUUUAAAUGAAAUUAAUGAUCGUCAACUAUAAUAAAUGGUGUUUUUCUCUCAAACUAGCUCCCGUUUCAAAUCAUCAAAUUAUUGAGCGCGUGCUUAAGAAGGAAUAUAAUUUUCGAAUGCGAUUUUUAAUAUUUGUAUAUAAUUUGUAUUUAUUUAAUCAGGGACAAUGCACAUUAAUAACAUAUUAAAUAAUUGUAAAAUGUGCCAGAUUUAGCCAAAAUGGCUUGUUUUCAUCUGUAGUACCUUGGCAGGUUGAUGUUUGGAAAAAAUAAAAUACAUGUUGUUAAAUCUUUCAGAUUUUAGAGAAAUCCAGUUAAUUUACAUUAUAUUAAUAAUCUAAUUAUGGUUAAUCAAGGUUGUGAAUGUUUUAUUUUAUUUUUGCAUGACCUAAAUCGCAACAACAAUAACAAAACAUUACAGUGAACAAGAAUAAGUGAGGGAAUUCAGAGAGACAAACAUAAAAAGAAAUACUUCAAUGUAUAAAAUAUAAACACUUUAAAAUAAAUGUGUUUGAUAAUUAUGAGGGAUUUCUUAAAGACUUUUAUGGGAGGAUGUUUGUGAAUUUCAGUCAGACAGCAAGCGGCGCACGCGGACCGCAGUACUGCGCGACUCAGCUCAUGCAUAUUAAUGAAGCACGCAAACGUUCCGGUGGCGUAGAAUAAUUAAUAUUCAUGAGCCGGGCGUUACGCUCACAGCAUCAGCGGUGAGAGUCACAUGGAUGCUGAAUUGACGCACAUAUUCUAUUCUAUUCUUUUCUGUUUUAUUCUAUAAUAAAACAGACGGAUGCGCCGCCCCCUUUUGAAUUCAUUUAUGAGAACACUAGAAUUACAACUUUAUAAACUACAUAGAGGCUCUGUCUAUGUCAUAUACUGUAUAUUACAUGAGGGGCGGGUCUUCAGGAAGGGGGCGUGUCUCUCUUUCUGUUCCGCAGAGCUCCAUCGCAGUGAACGCAGGAUGGAGCAGCUCGUCGGCCGCAGCGCUCCGCCAGGCCCGGUGCUGCAGGUGUGUUUCCCCAGCGCCCGCGCGUCGGUUCUGGAGAAUCUGAACCGGCAGCGCGAGGAGGGUCAGCUGUGUGACCUGUCCAUUCAGGUGCAGGGUCAGGUGUUCCGCGCGCACCGGUGUGUGCUGGCCGCUUCAUCGCCGUAUUUCCACGACCAGGUUCUGCUGAAGAACGUCACCACGGUGUCACUUCCCUCCGUCAUGGACCCUCUGGCCUUCGAGAGCGUGUUAAACUCGGCCUACACGGGUCAGCUCAGCAUCGUGCGUGACGACAUCAUCAACUACGUCACGGUGGCCAGCUUCCUGCAGAUGUGGCACAUCGUGGACAAGUGCACGGACAUCCUGAAGAGAUCGCGACCUUUGGUCCAGCUCAGCCCCGGCGGGGCGACGUCCUCCAGUCACCAGUCGCCCAGCAGCUCCGAUUGCUGCUUCGCCGAUCCAGAAGACGGGGAGCGAGCGACGGGCGAACAAACUCUUGAAAAAAGAUCGCAAAGCGCACUACCACCUCUGGCCACAUGGAGGCGUCCGACUCAGAGCAGAUGGAGCAGAAGCAGCCUGACGUUCCCCAUCCGAACGGAGCCUGAAUGUGGCCCAAAUACGGGAGACGAAGGUUUCCACGCAUUCCCUGUCGCGCCUUUGCCGUCCAUCGAAACUUCGGACUUCGCAAGGCACCGAAUCCGCGCUCGUCUCCGGGGAGCGAAGGAAGACGAGGAGCAGAGGAAGAUGGAAGCAGAUGAAGGAGUCGGAGAACCGCUGGAUGAGGACAAAGUGAGGGUGAAGUGUGAGGAGCACCAGGCCGGAGCCGUCGAGUCGGACGGACGUCUCAGAGAGAGCGAGAGCGGCGAGACGGAGCAGGAGACGGACGCAGUGUGGAACCAGUGGACUUUGUCAGAUGCCAAGCUGCUGGACGAAGACGAGGAGAACGAAACAGACAUCGCGUUCGAGACCUACGACGAAAUCGAGAAGGCCACGGGGCAGAUUUCCCAGCGUCCCUUGCCACCGCCACCGUCCGACCAGUUGGCGCCGGGAACGUCCGAGCUUUCCUGGGUCUCGCAGUCGUCCUCGUCCUCCCCGUGCUCUCCUCUCUCUGCGACGCCCAAAGUCCACUUCUGUCACUGUGGCAAAGCGUACACGCUGAAGAGCAUGCGCGACCGCCACGUGAAAAUGCAACACCUGAACCUGCGUCCGUUCGCCUGCCCCGUCUGCUCCAAGAGCUUCAAGAUGAAGCACCACCUGACCAAACACGUCAAGACGCACGGAGGCCUGCGUCCGUACGAGUGCUCGCUCUGCGGCAAGAAGAUCGUCUGGAGAGACAGUUUCCUCAAGCAUCAGGCUCGCUGCCAGGGAACGACAACAACGAUGACGUCUGGCUGUCAAAAUGACAACGCAGAUGUACCUGGACAAGUGAAGGUGGAACAGGAUGAUUAUUCAUUACAGGACGAGGAAAUACACUCUUAAAAGUAAAAGUUCCGAAAGAGGUUUUUGCAUUGAAUGCCAAAAGGAAUGCCAUUCCUUUCAGUCAACAGUUCUUAAAAGAACAACUUUUUUCCACUAUAAAAUUGCAGUUUAAAGUUUCUGUGGAUGUUAAAGGUUCUUUAUGGAACCAUCGACGCCAAUAAAGAACCUUAAUUUUCACACACUCUUAAAAAUUAAGGUUCCAAAAGAGGGUUCGCCGAAGAACCGUUCAGUAAUCAGUUCUUAAAACAACCAUUUUUUCUUAGUGUGGUUGUUGAAGGUUCUUUCCACUAUGAAGAACCUUUAAUGUAUUGGUCUCAAACUCAAUUCCUGGAGGGCCACAGCUCUGCACAGUUUAGCUCCAACCCUAAUCAAACACACCUGAUCCAGCUAAUCAAGCUCUUCAGUAUCACUAGAAACUUCCAAGCAGGUGUGAUUUGGAGCUAAACUCUGCAGAGCUGUGGCCCUCCAGGAAUUGAGCUCGAGACCACUGCUUUAAUAGUUCCAUGGAGAUUAAAGUUUCUUAAUGGAAAUAUUGGCACCAAUAAACCAUUAUUUUAAGAGUGUAGACAGACAUUUGCCGUGAAAAAAAAGGAAACAGUGGAGAUCAGUGUUUGUUUAUCUACUCAUUCAUUACAGGAAGAGUAAAUACACUCUUUAAAUGGAAAAGUUCCAAAAGAGGUUUUUGUAUUGAAUGCCGAAGGAAUGGCAUUACUUUCAGUCAACAGUUCUUAAAACAACAAUUUUUUUUCCACUGUAAAGAACCAUUUGUGCAAUUGAAAGGUUCCAUGCAUGUUAUAGGUUCUUUAUGGAGCCAUCAAUGCCAAUAAAGAACCUUUAUUUUUAAAAGUUCACACAUACCCCUUUUCCACCAGCAUGAACCGAGUGCUAGUUCAGAACCAGUGCUAUUGCUGGUUCGGAAUUUGUUCGACUGGCGAGCCUCCUAAGAACCAGUUUGCUUUUCCACUGGCUAGAGAGCCACCACAGAGCCAGGACUUGCGUCACUGAAUACGUCUCAUUUCCCCUAACAGCGCCAAACACAACGGGCUUGUUCGGGACGCAUCGGCACCGGGUGGACCAAUCGGCACACGAUACCGAGGCGCUGCAGGAAUGAUCUAAAAGCAUAAAGAGCCGUCUGUCUUCCAGUCGCUCCCGUAGCGCACUGGUGCCCGGUGCCAUCCCUAACAAGCCUAAACACCAUCAACAAUGGUGGAUGUUGUGUUGCUAUUGACGUUCAUGGCUUUAAGAACCUACAUCGGCAUCCAAACACAGCGAAUCCAACGUGUUUGUGUUCAGCUGUUAUUUCAAAUAUGGCAGUCAAAUGUAUUUUGUUGGUCACGGUAACCCAGCCCCUGACACAAGCUGUUCUUACUUCUAGCCCAGCAAUGUUUUGGUGCUACUUACGAACCACUUUUCCUGGUUCGGAGCAGGUGCUCUGGGUGUCGAAAGACAAAGAACCCGAUUUGAAACUAGGCUCUGGCUCCGAACCAGCACUCAAACUGCAUUGGUGGAAAAGGGGUAACACUCUUUAAAAAUAAAGGUUCCAAAAGAGGGUUCCCCAAAGAACCUUUCAGUGAUCAUUUCUUAAAGCAACCAUUUUUCUUAGUGUGGAUGUUGAAGGUUCUUUCCCCUAUGAAGAACCUUUGAUGGUUACAUGGAUGUUGAAGUUUCUUAAUGGAAAUAUUGGCACCAAUAAACCUUCAUUUUAAGAGUGUAGACUGACAUUUGCCGUGAACAAAGGAAACAAUGGAGAUCAGUAUUCGUUUAUCUACUAAUUGAUUACAGGAAGAGGAAAUACACUCUUUAAAAUUAAAAGCUCCAAAACAAAGUUUUUGCAUUGAAUGCCAUUGAAGGACCAUUUUUGCCCAAAGAACCUUUCAAGUUUUUUUUCUUGGUGGGGACAACAUUUUAUUAAUCUAUACAACCUUUUUCCGCUGUAAUGAACCUCUUAUCCAAUGGAAAGGUUUCAUGGAUGUUAAAAGUACUUCUUGGGACCAUCGAUGCCAAUAAAAACCUUUAAUUCUAAGAAUGUAUCAAACCUUUUUCCAAGAUAAAGAACCUGUAAUGGUUCAAUGGAUGUUUAAGUUCUUAAUGGAACAUUUGGGCCCAAUAAAGAACCUUUAUUUUUAAGAAUUCACACACACUUAAAAAUAAAGGUUCCAAAAGAGGGUUCCUCGAAGAUCCUUUUAGUGAUCAGUUCUUAAAAGAACUAUGUUUUUUUAGUGUGAAGAACAUUUGAAAAAUCUAAAGAACCGUUUUCCAUUUUAAAGUACCUGGGCCCGGUUGCAUGAAAGCCCUUAAGCUAAGAAAUCCCUUAGUAUAAGGUUAAGGGAACCCUUAGUGAAACUUGGGUUGCAAGAAAAAUCCUAAGGGUCAACUUAAGGAACCUUAAGGCUGUCAUUAAAUAUUCCUCUUAAUUAUCUGAAAGUGUUCCCUCAAGUGUUGCUACAAUGUCCUUAGUAACUAUUUCACCUUGAUGAAUUUAAGGAACCAAAACAGCUCCCUUAAGUCAUCUUAAACUCAGUAUUUUUAAGCUCAAAUGUAAGACUUAAGACAUGUUUUUAAGACCUGCACAAAUAAAAUAUCAUAUUAGCGUAGUAGGGCAAUGACUGUGGUAACAUAUUAAACUGUAAAAAGCAUGACUUACAGGUUUUCACAAAACAAAAAGUUUUAUAUAUAUUUUUUAAGAAAAUGGAUGAGUUGUAUCAAUUAUUAUAUUAAUUUAAACCAUUAUUAUGAAUCAGUUAUUACAUUAAUUAAAGAAUAUAAAUGUAAUGCAUGUCUUAAUUGUUUAGAUUUUUAUAAUGCAUUAUCUUUUUGUCGAUCUACCUGUUCACAUUUACAACUCUGCGUGUUUGCAGCAUCAAAACAUGGGUUAAUUUUCACAUUUAUUAACAUUUCCGUCAUUGGUCAGCAGGAGGCACUUUCAAAAACAAAGCGGUUUCCUCGGUAACGACUGUACACAAAGCAGCGCAGAAAUGGGCAGCGCUCGUUUAUUUGUUCAUGUUUUAGUUGGUUAGGUUUAUAUUGCGUUAUGUUCAGUUUAUUGUCAUAGAUAUACAUAUCUAUGGUUAUUGUGAGAUAUAGUAACUAUAGCAACCGCGGCACCCAUUGCCGUAUGUUGCCAGGAACUACCGUGAAAUGCUUAGGAUAAACACUUAGGUAAGGGUGACAGUUAAGACGUUUGUUGCAACGCUCUUAAAGAAAUCCCUUACCUCAGGGAAUUUUUUCCCCUCAGGGAUACCCCCAAGUCAAAUUACUUGAGGACUUUCAUGCAACCGGCCCUGGUUCUAUGGAUGUUGAAGGUUCUUAAAUGGAAAAAUUGGUCCCAAUAAAAUAGUUUCAAAAAUAGUUUUUUUGUUGUUGUUGUUGUUUUGCAUUGAAUGCCAUUGAAGAACCAUUAGUGAGCCAUCUUUUCUUAGUGUGAAGAACAUUUUAAUAAUGAACCUUUUUCCACUAUGAAGAAUCUUACAUGGUUCCAUGGACGUUGAAGGUUCUUAUUGGAACCAUUGGCGCUAAUAAAUAACCUUUAUUUUAAGAGUGUAGACCGACAGUAGCCAUGAAAAAAACCGAAAGGAAACAGUGGAGAUCAUUGUUUGUUUAUCUACGAAUUCAUACAGCAAGAGGAAAUACACUCUUUAAAUGUCAAAGUUCCAAAAGAGGUUCCUUUUAAGGUUAAGGUUCCAAAUUCCUUUAAGAAACAUUUUUGGUUUCCCAAAGAAUGUUACAUUUUAAUAAUCUGAAUACCUUUUUCCAUGUAAAGAACCUCUUAUCCAAUGGAACGGUUCCAUGGAUGUUAAAGGUUCUUCUUGGAGCCAUUGAUGCCAAUAAAAACCUUUUUCCAAUAUAAAGAACCUGUAGUGUUUCAGUGGAUGAUUAAGUUCUUCACAGAACAUUUGGGCCCCAAUAAAGAACCUUUAUUUUUAAGAGUGUAGACAGACGUCGCCGUGAGUGGAGCAGAGAUCAGUGUUCAUUUAUUUACUAAUGCUCCACAUAUGUAGCAGAUCUGAAUAUAUUCUAGAAGCACUGUUUUAAAAAAUAAAACUCAAGUCGUUUGGUGUGUGUUUAGCUGUUUAACGUGUUUAU